AUGGUUCAUGGUAUUGGAGCAGGAGUUGCUCGGAGAAUUGAUAAUAAUAGUACAACCGAAAGAACUAGUGUUGCUCCUGCUGCAAACAACAUCAAUGAAGAGAGAGAUCUGUUACACAGUGAAAGAAGCAAUUUGGAUGACAGACAUCAUCACACUCAUACAAUAAAAUUAUAUAAUAGAAAUAGUAAUAGUAGUAAUAGUAGUAAUAAUAGUAAUGAUAUAGAUAGUAUUAAAAUGAACGAAAGUCAUCAUAAACAUAGUCAUGCUCAUACUUUGAAUGGUGCAAGUAGUAAAUUCGAUGAAACAGAUGAGUUGGUAGAGGAUACCACCAACGAUGUCAUCUCUGACGACAUUUCAAUACAGGUCGAUAGUAAUGGUAGUAACGACGAUGGCGAUGUUGAUGCCGACAUCGAUAUAGAUGAAGCGGCGGCAUCCUCCUCGAAUUUACUUCCAUCAGAGUCUGCUCUGGCAUCUCCAUUGUCGUCGUCGUCGUCAUCAUCGAAUCUAACGGCAACACUUACCUUUUUGACAAUGACGAUCAUUGUCUUUGUAUGUAUAUUUUACUUUUCAAAUAACUUGGUGGCAUUCCUCGAGUUAGUUGAGAAAUCAGGUCUCUGGGGAAAUCUUAUUUUUGUACUAUCAUAUUUGCCUACCGGUAUUCCACUGGCAAUAUUCAGUCUAUAUAUUCCGCUGACUGUGGCCUCUGGUUAUGUCUAUGGCUUUGUACAUGGUUUUGCAACAACGAUGGUCGGAAGUGUUCUUUCUGCUGCAUUUGGUUUUUGGAUCACCAGAAAGUUCUUUGUCAAAUGGCUAGAGUCCAAGAUUGAAUCCAGCCCAAAGCUGUCAUCCAUUCGAUCGAUGGUUGAACACCAUCCAUUUAAAAUCAUUAUUAUACUAAGAAUUUUACCGAUUCCAUUUGGUUUACAAAAUAGUUUAUGUGCAGUUACAAGACUAUCAUUUACAACAUUUAUUUAUUCGACUGCCAUUGGUUUGAUACCAGAGAAUUCUUUGAUAGUCUAUAUUGGAACAACGACAAAGAAUUUAGCCGACAUUUCAAGUGGUGGACACUAUCAGCAAACACUGCUAGUUGUAGCCAUUGUUGUGGGUAUCUUACUGUUGAUCAUAGGAAAGAAAGUACUCUCCUCACCAUCACCACUAUUCAACACACCGACAAUCACCAUAUCCUCGAGUAGCAAUAUACACGAAUCUACGAAUUCCAACAAUCAGAAGCAGAUCGAAUCCACCAGAGAUAUAAUACUAACCAUAAAAUCAUCGUCAACAUCACUUACUGGAUUGAGCAGUAACAAUAUCAUCAGCAACAAUAGCAGUAAUAAUACCACAAACUCCACAAAACCACAAUCUUUACCAUCCACCCCUUUCAAAUCAAGGAUUGAAUAA